AUGGAGUCCAACCUGCAGGGGACCUUCCUCCUGAACAACACACAGCUGGCCCAGUUCUCAGAAAUGAAGGCUCCCAUGUGCCAGUACUCGGUGCAGAACUCCUUCUACAAGCUCAGCCCUCCGGGACUUGGCCCCCAGCUGGCGGCUGGGACUCCCCAUGGAAUCACUGACAUCCUGAGCAGACCGGUUGCCACCCCGAACAGCAGCCUCCUNUCUGGCUACCCCCACGUGGCAGGCUUUGGUGGACUCAGCUCCCAGGGCGUCUACUAUGGCCCCCAGGUGGGGAGCUUUUCCAAGGCUGGGAAUGAGUACCCGACCCGGACCCGGAACUGCUGGGCAGACACAGGCCAGGACUGGAGAGGCAGCGCUCGGCCAUGCAGCAACACUCCAGACCCCCUGAGUGACACUAUCCACAAGAAAAAGCACACCCGCCCUACCUUCACGGGCCACCAGAUCUUUGCCCUGGAGAAAACCUUUGAGCAGACCAAGUACUUGGCUGGCCCAGAGCGGGCGAGGCUGGCUUAUUCCCUGGGCAUGACGGAGUCACAGGUCAAGCCAGUCACCUUCCAGCUGCUGCGGAUGGCUGGCGUUGCUAUCCUCCAGAUGAAGGUGCUGAGGCAGAAGUGUGCGCCGCCGUACUCCGGACACAUGAGCUCACGUUCAUCUUGCUCUCUGAAUGUCGUGCUCACCUCCCACUGUAUUGCUGGUGAACUCCCGCUGGGGACAAGACUCCUGCUUAGUCACACCCGCACCAAACAGUGUGAAGAUGACAUCAUCAUGGUCUUAAUUCACAUUCCCCCGGACUGGGGAUGGGACUCAGUGGUAGAAUGA